AGUUUGUAUACGUUGCAUAUGUUGACAUUUAAACAGUUGCUAUGGCAACUAAUCCAGACCAAGUACAGGUUGUUCAUCAUCACGUGACCGGGGUCACGGAGGUCAUCCCAGCUGUAUCAGCUGACAUAACCAACACAUCGCAAACAUACCAGGAGGUGCAUCUAUCUGGUGGCCAAUCAGAUCUGCAGGUUGUACAGUUAGAGAAUGGUGAUGUGGCCCAAGGUAAGAUAUACCAGGUGGUGGCCGUGACAGAGCAGGCUUCCCAGCACUCACAUCAGGAAGGAACAUCACAGCAUCAUGUUCCUACCAGUACAUGUAGUUUAGAGCAAUUACAAGACGUAACACAUUGUCACAACUCUGUGACAGCGUUGUUAGAAAGUACGGCUAGCAGUGUUGUUGUGCAACAAGUUCAGGAAUCCACGCCACAUAAAGAAUUGCCACCAGGGUGUCCGGCAUGGGCAGCUAGGCUCAAAGAUGUUGAGGCGAUUGGUGAUUCAUACCGAGGCUUUGUGGAGAGCGAGGUAGAACUAGACUUACUGUUAACCUAUCACAAACAACAGACAGGAACAUUUUGGGGAACACGGCAAUCACCGAGUCAGAAUAAGCCAUCUAAACGAUUGAUGUGGAAAUCACAGUAUGUCCCGUAUGAUGGGAUACCAUUUCUAAACGCAGGAAGUAGAGCUAUUGUAAUGGAAUGUCAGUAUGGGCCUCGCAGAAAAGGAUCCAUUAAUAAAAAAAGUGCAGAAGCCAAAGCAUUCAAAGCUACAUGUCCAGCACGAAUUUACAUCAAGAAGGUACGUAAGUUUCCUGAGUUGGCUGUAGAUACCAGUCCUACAGUAGAUAGAAGGGCACUGCGUUUACAGCAAGACAGAGCGUUUGCAAUACUGCGAGAAAAAGGAGAUGAUAUCCAAGGUGUUGAAAGAUUCUAUGUUCAGCUUCCAGCCACCAAGGCACAUGAAUAUCACGAUGACCCACCACAUCACAUGUACCUAGGUGUGAAUGUUCCAUUAACAAGCCAACCAUCUCCAGAUAUCAGUGCUAGAAUCCAUCCCAGGGUCGCUGAUAAAAUAAGACGGCUUGUCGCUGAAGGCAUUCAAAAUGAAUACCAAGUCAGAAAAAUAUUAAGAUAA